CAUGGCGCUGUACAGCGCGGCCGCCGCGGUGCUGGACGGGCUGGAGCGCGGCCAGGGCGGCCUCAAGAGCCUCGUGUACAACAGCGGCUUCCCGCACGUCCGGCAGCUCUACGCGCUGGUGUCCGAGACCCUCCGCUACGCGCCGGUGCUCCAGAAGCUGCUGGAUGGCGCCGCGCUGCUGCAGGCCGAGAAGAAGCUGCCCCCGCAGCUGGCCAAGGUGCUGGUGUACGACCUGCUCUUCGGCAAAGGGCUCAAGUGCGGGGGCCGCUGGAAGGCGCUGGCCCGGCGGCACCGGGCGCGGCUGGAGGCCGAGCUGGCCCGACUGAAGGUGCGGCACAAGGUGAGCCGCAACGAGGACCUGCUGGCCCCGGAGCAGGCGAGCCCCGCAGCCUCCCAGGUCCCGCGCUACGUCCGGGUCAACACCCUGAAGACUUGUGUGGAUGAUGUGAUCGACUUCUUCAAGCGCCAGGGAUACUCCUACCUGGGCAAGGCAGCCAGCUUGGAGGAGCUGAGGGCCCUCUCCGGAAAGAAGUUCUUGUUGGAUCCUCAUCUCCCGGAGCUGCUGGUUUUCCCUCCUCAGACAGACUUCCAUGACAACCUGCUGUAUACUUCAGGACACAUCAUUCUGCAGGACAAGGCCAGCUGCCUCCCUGCCUUCCUCCUCAGCCCUGCUGCCGGCUCCCACGUCAUCGAUGCCUGCGCUGCUCCCGGGAACAAGACCAGCCACCUGGCUGCCAUCCUGAGGAACAAGGGCCAGAUCUUUGCCUUUGAUGUGGACCCCAAGCGCGUGGCCACCAUGAACACGCUGCUGGCACGGGCAGGGGUCACCAGCUGCCAGCUGGCCCAGCAGGACUUCCUGGCUGUGGACCCCCGAGACCCCAAGUACAGCAGGGUAACCCAUAUCCUGCUCGACCCGUCCUGCAGCGGCUCAGGGAUGGUGACCCGGGGGCCUGGGGAGGAGGUGGCCCCCAGUGCCGAGCGGCUGCAGGCGCUGGCCGGGUUCCAGCAGCGGGUCCUGGGCCAUGCCCUGAGCUUCCCAGCCCUCCGGCGCCUGGUCUACUCCACCUGCUCCGUGCACCGCGAGGAGAACGAGGAUGUGGUGCAGGCUGUGCUGCAGGAGCAGGGCUCAGCCUUCAGGCUGGUGACCGCCUUCCCAUCCUGGCCCUGCCGAGGACUCACUGCCUUCCCUGGAGCCGAGAGCUGCCUCCGGGCGUCCCCCGCAGAGACCCUCACCCACGGCUUCUUCGUGGCUGUGCUGGAGCGGUGCCAGGAAGGGGCUGAUGCCCCCAGCUCCCUGCCUGUGGCAGCUGAGGAGAAGCCACAGCCCAGAGAGGAAACGGAGCCAGGAGCAGCUCCCAGGAAGAGGAAGAGGAAAAAGCAGCGGGUGAAGGAGUGAAACAAUUUUUUGGACUGCCCCCUGCCCAGAUGGGUUUGCAGGGAACACUCCUGCUGCCUGGGCACAAGUCAAGCCUUGUGCCAGCUGCAGCUGCAGGGGGAAUUCUGUAACCCCUGCACUGAGUGCCAGCCCCGGGGGUCACCCUGGUGCCAGGGAGGGGGAACUGGUCACCCAGGGCUGCCCCUUGCAGCCAACCCCCCUCAGGUUUGCCCCCAAGGCAACCCCCACUCUGCACCCCGCAGGGUCUGGGUGCUCCAGCUCGAUGAAGGGUGUUGUUUUAUCAUGUUCCCCUCCCAAAAAUUCCCGAACCCAGCCUGAUGUGGAGCUUCAAAAAAAAAAAGCCUUGAACUGUAGAAAUGAAGCAGAAUAAAGUUUCUCUUCCUCUACUGUC